ACCAUCGGCUCCAUCCUCAGCAAGACGUACUACAACGUCGACAGCCACCAGCCCGAGAGCCUCGACUGGUUCAACGUGCUCAUCGCCCAGACGAUUGCCCAGUUCCGCAGCGACGCCCAGCACGAUGACGCCAUCCUAAACUCCCUCACCAAGACGCUCAACGGCGACUCCCGCCCCGACUUUGUCGACGAGAUCCGCGUCACCGAGCUCAGCCUCGGCGAGGAGUUCCCCAUCCUCAGCAACUGCCGCAUCAUCCCCGUCGACGAGGAUGGCAUCAGCCUCGGCAGCCACGUCAAGUUUGAUCCCGCCACCGCCGCCCGCGACGGCACCCGCCUCCAGGCCCGCAUGGACGUCGACCUCAGCGACAUGCUCACCCUGGCCGUCGAGACCAAGCUCCUCCUCAACUACCCCAAGAAGCUGUCCGCCGUCCUCCCCGUGGCGCUGUCCGUCUCGGUGGUGCGCUUCAGCGGCACGCUGUCCAUAUCCUUCAUCCCAAGCAACCCUUCUCAGUCCACGCCGACCAUGAUGGCGUUCAACUUCCUCGACGACUACCGGCUGGAUUUUUCCAUCAGGAGCCUGCUCGGCAGUCGCUCACGCCUCCAAGACGUGCCCAAGAUUGCGCAGCUGAUCGAGUCACGGCUGCAUAGGUGGUUCGACGAGCGGGCAGUCGAGCCGCGGUUUCAGCAGAUUGCGCUGCCAAGCCUGUGGCCCCGGAAAAAGAACACCAGGGGCCCCGACGAUGCCAUGGCAGAAGGCGGCGCAAGCUCUUCUGGUCUCGCAAAGGGCAAGGAGAGAGAUUCUUCAGUCGGGGCUGAUGGCCGGGAACAGGCUACUCUGCGGCACCGUCGGCCAUUGGGCGACGAUGAGUACACCAAAGAAGGGUCUCUUCGCAGCCUUAGCAGAGAUACGAGGAUCUAA